UCGCCCACGUCGCGAGCCCGCGAUAGUAUGUCCUCCGCAGUCAUAGGGAACGGACGCACGCUCGCCUUACGUUGCAAUUGAAUUCAGUUGACGAAACAAGUUUUUCAUUUCUAAUUCUUCCUAAAAUCGCAUCACAGGAAAAUAUCACGAUGAACUUAAGUGAAACAUUAAAAAGACAUUUUUUCAGACCUAUUUCGAAAAGUUAAAAAAAACAUUUAUAAGUGUAUUUUGUGAAUCUCUUUAUCUUGAUAUUACGAUACGGUUCGCGUUGGUGUUAAAUAACGCAAGUGAAGUUGUUUAUUGUUUUGAAAUAAAAGACAAAUACCGUUGAAGACGCAGACUUUAAAUUUUAUGUUGUUUUAUUCUUGUUUAUAAGAACGCAUUCAAGUCGCGUGUUAAAAAGAGACAAGAUGAGGUCCCACCGGGCAAGAGCGACAGGUGUGGCGGCAUUGGCAGUUUUGUUGGCUAUAAUAACAGGCUGUUCUUCACAAACGCUGAGAAUAUUUCCGAUACAGAAGCAACAGACGGUGGCCGUGGGUAAGUCCGUGGUGCUGACCUGCCAAGCGGACGCUCCGGACCCAGCACUUGUUACGCAACCUCAAUGGCGUGACCCUAAAGGGCUUAUUAUAAAUGAAGCAGCAGCCGGUACUAGACCAGAGAUCUACACUGAACCGAUGCCCGCUAAACAAUUGCAGUUGCUCUACAUAUCGUCCAUCACAACCGCAAUGGCAGGCAAUUACACGUGCGAAGCGACCUACACGAACAUGCCUCUCAGCGCGAGCGUUGUCCUGGAAACAUUUGUUGCUAUAACCUGGACGAAUGCAAACGAAAACCAAUAUGCUACAAAGGGAAAAGAUUUCAAAGUAAUGUGUGAAGUAACAGCUGAGCCAGCUCCGUCAGUAGAUUGGUUUAAAGAAGGAACACCUAUAUUGACGGGUGAUAGAUAUGUCAUUCAUGCCAACGGUUUGCUAAUUAAUAAUGUUCAAGAAAGUGAUGAUGGAACUUACACUUGCCGAGCUGUAGUUAUCCAAACGGGAGAAUUAGCUGAGAGGAAUAUUAAACUGGAGGUUUAUACUGCACCGGAAAUGGAAGAACGUGAAACUAAAGUUGAAAUAAAAGAAGGCGAAUCUGCAGCAAUCACGUGCAAAGCUAGAGGAAAACCACCACCGACAUAUUCUUGGAUUAAGGCUUCUACUCGAGAAAACUUAGGAACAACGGCACGGUUCAGUGUCAACGAAAACACAGGACUUUUGACAUUUGAUAGAGUGGAAGCAGGAGAUUAUGGCAAAUACAUCUGCAGUGCCGUCAAUCAAGCAGGACAUAACGAAACGGAAAUAGAAGUAGAAGUUUUAGUACGACCGAAAAUUUUCGAACUAUUUAAUACCACAUCAGCGGAAAAUACUGAAGGAAGGUUAGAAUGCAAAGCAACAGGCCGCCCGGCUCCUCGGAUCAGUUUUAGAAAACUUAGCAACAGUGAACGAUUCUUGAAUGGUCCUAAUGACGAUGGAAGAAUUACGAUCGAAACAAGCAGUCGACAAACUGGAGAUCAGAUGCAAUCUAGUGCCGUCAUAACCAUAUCGAAAUUGAAUAGAACAGAUGACGGAUUAUACGAAUGUGUUGCUGAAAAUGAAGGUGGCGAAGCGAGAAAAAAUGGUCAUCUUACAGUUCAAUUCAAACCAUCAUUCGAGCAUAUGACAAAUGUACCUAUUUGGAGCUGGAAUUCUCAACCUGUUAAUAUUAGUUGUGUCGCGGAAAGCAUACCUAAUGCUACUAUUAAAUGGAAAUUCCAUGAAUAUGACUUGGUAGAAUCUCCGCAUGUAAGAAUAUAUGGCUCAGGACCAAUCAGCUAUGUGACUGUAACACCUCUUGAUAGGAGCCUUUACGGUGUUUACAAAUGUAUUGCUACGAAUACUCUAGGUGAAGCGGAGCACAUUAUUCAAUUGCGAGAGGCUUUUCCACCUGGACCCGUUGUACAGGCGAGACAAGAAACAAUAACGGCGACAUCGGUAUCAUUCAAUAUAGUUGGCCCAGCCGAAGAAAUGGGUCCGCCAAUAUUGGCUUACACGACGCAGUACAAGGAAAAUGGGAACUUCGAUUGGAAUCUCGCUAUGAAUAGAACUUGGUCUGUCAAUUCUCCGUAUAUUAUUGAGAAUUUGAGGCCAAUGUUUACAUACGACUUUAGGUUCGCGGCUGUCAAUCAAGUAGGAGUUGGAAGCUGGGGAGCACCUCUCACAGUUAUUAUGCCCAGAAGGUCACCACCGGAACAACCCAAAUGGAGGGAAACGAUUAGCUCAGAAUCUCUUAUUCAUGGAAAGUAUGCGGAUAGGUAUGAACUGCAAUGGAGAGUGCCGGCUCAUAAUGGCGAACCUAUCGACAUGUAUGAAAUUAGCUACUGCCCGGUAUUGAAAGUUAGUGGCGAAUGGCGUGUAUCUGGUGAAUCCGAUUGCCUAACUGAAGAAUUAAAAUCUUAUGAAGCGAUCAAUUAUGAAGUACGAGGCUUACACCCGGAUACCAGAUACAGAAUGCACGUACGCGCUCAUAAUGUCCUUGGAUUCUCCUUGCCUGCCCAACUCUACGUUCAAACUGCUCUCGGAGUGGAACGGUCUGGCUUUGCUCCGCCGCAUCUAUUAUCAAGUGGUGCCAUCAUUGGACUAGCGUUGUCUGGAGUUUUGAUCUGCCUCAUUGUAGUGGAUCUACUCCUACUGUGCUUCAGACGGCAAGGCGUCAUUGCAACAAUUUGCGGUAAACGAGUCAAGAAACACAGCGACGACGAAGCCAAGUUAGGAAGUCUGUACGGUUGGCGCUUCCCGCUCCCUUAUUGCAGCACGAAGCCGCGCGCGCCGCCCUCUCCCGCGCCCCUGCCGCCGCCCGUCAAGCUCGUGCCGACUCCGACAGAUGAAAAGGAACCUCUCAAAGAAACUGGGGACGACGCUAUAAAGAGAAACUCUUCGGUCGAAUUUGACGGACGUAGGGUAUACGCGACCAGCACAGGAACCAUUAUUGGUAAAAAUUCAGCUGUUUAAAAAUCGAAUACGAAAUAAAAGUCACGAAAAUCGAUUCAAAGAUUUAAAAUUCGAAUUCGUCGAACGAGUAAGUUAAUUCGAAUGAAUAUUAUUUCCGAUUGAAAUUAUAUUACGAGUAUAAAGGCUUGUGUAUUUGUGAUGAGCGCGACCAGUAUUCGUAACUGCCAAAAGACGGAUUAUAUCGUUUAUUAUUAAGAGCAUGAUCAGCUUUAUUGCGUCGAAUUAGAUUUAAUAUUUAAUAACACGAUUUUCUAUAACAAUAUUAUAUUUGAGAUAUGUAAUGAAAGUAAAUAGUAAUAAAUCAAGCUUAAUGUAACUCUGUAUGUUACGUUAUAUAAAAAUAAGUUCGUAACGUUUUAAUUAACAAAAAUAUCUCCUUUGUGUACACAGUAAAAACAAUUUAAAUGACACACAUACAUGCAUAUUGCUUCAAGAGGUACAAUUCGUGCCUUUUAGAGAUUAUUGGUACUAUCAUGAGGGUAUUUAUAGUAUAGAUAAGAUUGUAUAUAAUAUUUUUUACUUUAUAGAAUAGAGCUUUGAUGUCACAAAAUAUGACGUAAUUGUCAUCAUUUAAAAUCACAAUAUUUUACUAUUAAGCCCAGUAAUUUUAUAGGCAUUCCCCAAUGUAUACCUUAUUCAAAUCCAAGAAGGAGUAAAAAUGAACAAUCCUUAGAUUGACAUAUUCCAUACGAAUUGCACUAGCAAUUCUGAAUUGAAUGAUUAAAACCUCUGCUAUAUUACUCACUACAAACAGUUCUUGAUUAAUAUGUAUUUAGUUAUGUAAUAUAAAUACACUAUUCUAUACUAUUAAACUACAUACUUAUAUCCAUUUAAAUUUUUUCUUCCAAAUCUCCUGUAACAAUUUUAAAAAGCCAUUUUUUCCAAAUACGUCAUAUCCGAUCUCGACUCCUAUAAAUAUUUCGCGUCGAUUCGUUUGUUUUUACUCCUCCUAUGGUUGGAAUAGGCUAUAGAUAGUCUUUAUAUAAUUUUAAGGUAUUUUGUUAAUUUAAUAUUUUUUCGAGAAAUUAUUAGCCGACAAUGUUAGUAGUAACGGCCCGUGAAUGUCCCACUGCAAGCUAUAUGCUGCAAGUAUAUAAUAUUUAAAAAAAAAGGUCGUCUUGAAUGAAAAACUGAAUAGAUGCACGAACUUUAAUAUAAUUUUAAUGUGAUGUAAAUAAGUUAUUUAUAAUUAUGUAAAUAAUAACUAUAUUUGUUCAUGUCAUUUAGAUUAAAUGUGGGAAUGUUUGCAUUUGUUAGUAAUAUAUAGCUUUCACUAAUCAAAUUGGUAUUGGACAGGAUCUCUAUUUACUUCUCGUCUUAUAUAAAUGUUAGCAUAUAAAUUAUAAAUUAAUAUUAUCAGUGUGGAAUGAUUACAUUUCAAUUUGUUAUUCGUACAAUAUAUAUCGUAGCAUUUAAAAAGUAAAUCGUAAUUUAAAUUCAGUUUUGUUCGAUAUUACGCAAUAAGUGUAGUAAAUCAGUUUUAUUUAGAGAGGCUAUCAUCUAAUAUUGAAGUGACGUAGAUCUUGAAAUCCGACUAAGCUGAGAAUAGCGUCGUAGAAUCGAUCACAGUGCCUGUUAACUCGUUUUGUAUGUUAUACCGCAUUUGAAUCAUUAACAUAUAUGAUAUAUGAUUAUACCUUAGUUUUAUUUAUACAUUAUUAUGAACAAAAAAUCAAUUUUUUUUUUAACUUUAAUGAUAUUAUUAUAACAAUAUAACAUUAUUUUUUGUUCCUACAUAAACUAUUCGCAUGCAUAUGCAUAGUGUGAGAAUAUACUUCUUUACCAACUAGUGGAAUUUAUAGUAUAUUUAUAGACCACUAGUAGCCCUCCGCGGUUUCGCCCAACUAUGGAUGUACUUUGUCCUUUUCUGCACCCUUUGACAAGGUGUUUGCAAAAUUACAUAAUAAUCGGUUGAUAAGUUAAGACGUAAGAGCGUAACAAACAAAUAAACAAACAAACACACUAGCAUUUAUAACAUUAGUAAAGAUUUUUACAUUAUCAAAUUUUUCGUAAUUGAAUAUUUUCACAAUUUUGAUACAGGCUCUUUUGUACACGAAUUUUAUAAGCACAUAUACAACUAUAUAUUAUAACAUCGGUAAUAUGCACACAAUUAGUAAUAUUGUCUGUAUUCUGAUUUGUCUUAUUGGAAAUUACAUUGAAGUGUGCUCAAGUCAAUUUAGUCUAUUGACCCACAUACACAUAUGAAAUACACAGAUUGAAAAUGUGAUGUCAUAAAAAUGAAUAUUGUUCCAAAUUCAAAUAAUUAAAUUGUUUUUAAAAUUUUGACUUGAUUAAUCGCACAGAUAAUUAAUUCGUACACCUUCGUGUGUCCUCCAUAAGUGACGCUGUAGAAUUUAAUUUAUUUGGCAUACUAAUGGCCAUAAAAUAAUAUACAUACUAAGUUAGAUUUUAUUAGUACCACUACAUUAACAGUUUUAUUUGAUAAAGUCUUACCACGAAACCGCAUCGAUGUGAAAAUUACAAUCAAAAUAGUUUUUUUUUUGAUAUACAAUCGUGCAAGGUCGUAACAAUAUGAAAUUGAUUUUUGUUUUUUUUUCACAUUACAUAUUACACAAGAACUUUCUUCAUACAUUAUUUAUAUUGUAUUUAUUAAAUAUUAUCUUAAUGUCACAGCUUUAGGUAUAGUAUACGCAUCUAAGUCUCUUGAAUGUAUGCUUUGAACAAGAUGUUAUCGAGAAAUAUUGUAACAACUGAAAUGCGCAUUUUUUAUAAAAUAAAUGUCUUU